AUGCGCCUGAUGGGCUGCAUAGCGGGACACUCGGGUACUUUAGGGGAGGAUGAGCGCGAACAGCGCAAAAUGAAUAAGCAGAUUGAGGAACAGCUGCAAAAAGAUAAGCAAUUACUAAGGGCAACACAUAGACUUUUAUUGUUAGGUGCUGGAGAAUCUGGAAAAUCAACAAUUGUUAAGCAAAUGAGAAUUUUGCAUAUCAAUGGUUUUAGUGAUGAAGAAAAGAGAGAAAAAGUGAAAGAAAUUAGAAAAAAUAUACGAGAUUCUAUUACGGUGAUUCUUAAAGCAAUGAGUGAAUUGACACCACCAGUGUCUUUAGAUGAUCCUGGAUUAGAGGCUAGUCGUGAUUAUAUUCUUUCAACAGCACAAGAUCCGGAUUUCAAUUACCCUCAAAUUUUCUAUGAUCAUGUGCAAAAGUUAUGGAAAGAUAAAGGAGUUCAGGCUUGUUUUGAACGUAGUAAUGAAUACCAAUUAAUAGAUUGUGCCAAAUAUUUUCUUGAUAAAGUUGCAGACAUUAGGCAAGAGAAAUAUGACCCUUCAGAACAAGAUAUUCUCCGAUGUCGUGUCAUGACUACGGGCAUUUUUGAGACAAAAUUCGAGGUAGAAAAAGUGAAAUUUCAUAUGUUUGACGUUGGUGGGCAACGUGACGAAAGGCGGAAGUGGAUUCAAUGUUUUAAUGAUGUAACUGCCAUAAUCUUUGUUUGUGCAUCAUCUUCAUAUAAUUUAGUGUUAUGGGAAGAUGAAACUCAGAAUCGUCUUAAAGAAUCUCUAUCUCUAUUUAAAAAUAUAUGGAAUAAUCGGUGGCUCAAGACUAUUUCUGUUAUCUUAUUUUUAAAUAAACAAGACUUGUUAGAGGAAAAAAUUAAAGCUGGAAGGCAUAAAUUAGAAGAUUACUUUCCUGAAUUUCUUAAUUAUCAAUUACCACCUGAAGCAGAGAAUGACUCAUCUGAUGAUAUUAAUGUGGUUAGAGCCAAAUAUUUUAUAAGAGGAGAAUUUUUAAGAAUAUCAACUGCAGCAGGAGAUGGGAGACAUCAUUGUUAUCCACAUUUUACAUGUGCUGUAGAUACAGAAAAUAUUCGACGGGCAAUAUGA